UGUAUGCUUGUUGACCCCGACUGCCCAAUUCAAAUUACCGCCCAGAAAGAAUUCAGUUCGGCCAAAGGCAAACACCGCAAUAUUAUUUUGUACCUCACACCGAACCAAACAAGCAGUCGAAAUGAGGGCGUCUGCAAUCUCGCAGAGCGCCAUGCCAACAGGCAAAGCCUGGAUGGGCUGGUGGGGGGAUUUGGGUGGACCACGACAGAAAGGGAUCACAUCCUACUCUCUUGCGCCUAAUCAGCAACGUGCUUUUAAGGGCGUGCUCUCCGGAUAUCUAUUCAACGGAUACCGUCGCCUAGCUGCACAAGUACCUUAUUUCGCUCUUCCCUUGGGUACUGCAUACGCUGUGUAUGUUUGGGCUAAAAAGCGCGAUGCGUACAACAACAGUAAGGCUGCCCACUUUGCUGGGCAUGGUAGCCAUUAGAUUGUACCAUGACAUAUCAAUAAUUAACCUGCUUCAAACGAGGCACACUCGGGGAAUUCCCCUCCACGCACAAUAUUACAUAUUGACACUGAGACAAAAGCAUCCUGUGAGGCAUCAAUACUUUCAUGCAAAUAAAGUAUCAGCAAAAGGUGGGAUGUGAUUGAACAAAUUAACUCUCCCAUUCUAAAUAUUGGCCUGGGAUCUCUUCACUUCGGUAAAUUUCUAUAGAUACUACAAUCGUGACCAGAUAGGGUCCUGCUUUUCAGCGUACAUGACACGCCAACCAUAUACAGUCUCCUUCGCUGAAGGGAUAAAACAUCAGUGGUUCAC